AUGCCGACUGUAGCAAUUCGCCCAAAUCGCCUUUAUGAACUCAUGGGUGUUGAACCAAUGACAAAAGAACAGAUUAGCAAGCUUCUCAUGAACUUCGGCCUUGAAUUAGAUGACGAAACCGAGGAAGAAGGUAUUUUAUACUACAAGAUUGACUGCCCAGCCAACCGUCCAGACCUUCUCAGUGUUGAAGGUCUUGCCGAAAACUUAAAAUGCUUCCAGGGAAAGUCACACCCAGAGUAUAAGAUUCUUCCACCACAAGUCUCCAUCAGAGUUGAUGAAUCAGUCAAGAAUGUCCGCCCAUUCCUUGUUUCCGCCGUCAUCCGUGGCAUCACAUUCACAGAUGAAAGCCUCAAAUCAUUCAUUGAUUUCCAGGAUAAGCUUCACAUGAACCUUUGCAGACGCCGUACACUCGCCUCCAUCGGUACACACGAUUUAGACACCGUUGAAGCUCCAUUCGCCUACACAGCUGAAAAGCCAGAAGAUAUCGUCUUCGUUCCACUUACAGGUGGUCCAGAAGUCAAUGGUCGCCAGCUUUACGAGCACCUCAAGGAGCACCAGCAGCUCUCCAAGUAUCUCCCACUUCUCGACCCAUUCGAUACAUGGCCAGUUGUUCGUGAUGCAAAGGGCCGCGUCAUGUCAUUACCACCUAUAAUCAACUCCGAUCUCUCCAAGAUCACCGUCAACACACGCAAUGUCUUCAUUGAGUGCACAGCUACAGAUCUUACACGCGCCAUGACAGCUGUCAUCCUUCUCUGCACAGCCUUCUCCAUCUACUGCGAUGACAAGUACAGCCUUGAGCAGGUCAAGGUCCAGGUUGAUGGAAAGGACUUAAUUUACCCAACAUUCGAUUACAUCACAUUCGAUGUUGACACAGCUUAUAUCCAUACAAUCACAUCCGUCAGAGACCUCACAGAAGAUAAAAUCAUCGAAUUACUCCACAAGAUGCAGCUCAAGGGCGAAAAACUUGGCGAUGGCAAGUUAAGAGUUACAGUUCCACCAACAAGAUCCGAUGUUCUCCACCCAUGCGAUAUUGCUGAAGAUGUUGCUAUCGCUUACGGCUACAACGCUAUCAAUGAUCUUCCAGAGAACAGAAAGGCCAUCUCAUCCGGCCGCCCACUCUCCAUGAACGAGUACGUCGAUCGCCUUAGCAAGGAGUUCGCCGCUGCUCUUUGGGACCAAAUCCUUACAUUCUCUCUUUGCUCACGCAAGGAAUGCUAUUCAAUGCUCAAUCUCGAAGAUGAUGGCAAGGCUGCUGUCCUCAAGAACGCUAAGACCAUCGAUUUCGAAAUUGUCAGAACAUCUCUUCUCGGCGGCCUUCUCAAGGUCAACAAGAAGAUUCUCUCACAGCCAAACCUCAAGAACAUCCUUCCUCUCAGACUCUUCGAAUGCUCCGAUGUUGUUCUUUGCGAUUCAAAGGAUGAGAACAACGCAAGAAACGAAAAGCGCCUUGCUGCUACAAUCUGCGAUGUCAAGUCAAGAUUCCAGGACUUACACGGCCUCCUUGAGCGCUUCCUUAUCCUCAAUGGCCAAGAUGCUAUCGAAAAUACAAAACUCGUUAGACAGGACUGCCCAACAUGCAUCCCAGGCCAACGCGCUGCUAUCAUGUACCACGGUCAAGAAGUCGGCUGGAUCGGCGUCAUUCACCCAUCUGUCCUCAUUAACUUCGAUAUGACAAAGCCAGUCGUAGCAUUCGAACUCCAGGUUAAGCCAUACUUCGACAUCAAACACGGACAUAAGACAAAUUAG